AUGAGUCGGACUUCCUAUAGUUGGUUGUAAGGGCACCGUGGACUGGAGCGGAAGCUCAGAGUGUUGUCCUUCCUUCUGCCCGACUCUCAGGAUGAGGAUCGGUCGCAGUUUGUCUGUAUGUCUCUGAUCAUAUCGCACCAGCAGCUCCUCUCCCACCUCCCGAAUGCAGAUUAACAGGCAUGCCAAAGGAAAAAUAUGAUCCUCCAGACCCACGCAGAUUAUAUACCAUCAUGUCAGCCGAGGAAGCGGCCAGUGGGAAGAAGUCACACUGGACCGAGUUGGAGAUUUCUGGGCGGGUCAGAAGUCUGAGCAGUUCACUAUGGACGCUGACCCAUCUGACUGCUCUCCAUAUCAACAACAACAACCUGAGCCGGAUUCCACCUGAAAUCGCAAAACUACCCCAUCUUGUCUACCUAAACCUGUCCUCCAACAAACUACGCAGCCUGCCAGCAGAACUCGGCAACAUGGUGACUCUCAGGGAAUUGCUUUUGAACAACAAUUGUUUACGAGUUUUGCCUUAUGAACUUGGCCGGCUGUUCCAGUUGCAAACCCUUGGCCUCAAAGGUAAUCCAUUGUCCCAAGAUAUACUCAACCUGUAUCAGGAGCCUGAUGGAACAAGGAAGUUGUUGAAUUACAUGCUUGACAAUCUUGCAGUCCACCCAGAACAACUCCCCCAAAGACCUUGGAUCACUUUGAGGGAGCGAGACCAAAUGAUGCCCACAGCUGUGUUCACAGUAAUGUGCUACAACGUACUGUGUGACAAGUAUGCAACAAGACAGUUGUACGGCUACUGUCCCUCAUGGGCCCUUAACUGGGAGUACAGGAAGAAGGGCAUCAUGGAGGAGAUCACUAACUGUGAUGCUGACAUCAUCAGCCUGCAGGAGGUGGAAACAGAGCAGUACUACGCUUUCUUUCUGGAAACACUGAAAGAGCGGGGAUAUGAUGGCUUUUUCUGUCCAAAGUCUCGUGCCAAACUUGUGUCAGAACAGGAGCGGAAACAUGUGGAUGGCUGUGCUGUAUUCUUUAAGACUGAGAAAUUUGCUCUGGUGCAGAAACACACAGUGGAGUUCAAUCAGGUUGCCAUGGCAAACUCAGAAGGCUCGGAGGUUAUGCUGAACAGAGUCAUGACCAAAGAUAACAUCGGAGUAGCUGUCCUGUUGGAGGUGAAGAAAGACUUGUUUGCUAGUGGUUUAAAGCAGCCAUCAGAGAAACAGCUCCUGCUGGUAGCUAAUGCCCACAUGCACUGGGAUCCAGAGUACUCCGAUGUGAAGCUCAUUCAGACCAUGAUGUUCCUGUCUGAGUUGAAGAGCAUUGCUGAGAGGGCAUCGGGACCCAUGAGCUCUGCAUCGCCCACGUCAGACACCAGCGCCAUCCCUAUCGUCCUCUGUGCUGACCUCAACUCCCUCCCAGACUCCGGUGUGGUGGAGUAUCUGAGUAAUGGUGGAGUUGCAGAAAAUCACAAAGACUUUAAGGAACUGCGUUACAGCGAUUGUCUAACCAACUUCAGUUGCAACGGCAAAAACGGCAAGCCCGAUGGCAGCAUCACACACAGUUUCCAGCUGAAGAGUGCCUACGAGGGGAAUAUCAUGCCCUACACCAACUACACUUAUGACUUCAAGGGUGUGAUUGACUACAUCUUCUUCUCUAAGACGCACAUGCGUGUUCUGGGCGUUCUGGGUCCACUGGAGACUCAGUGGCUGAAGGACAACAACAUAACCGGCUGCCCCCACCCGCACAUCCCCUCCGAUCACUUUUCCCUCCUUGCUCAGCUGGAGUACCACCAACCUUUACCCCCCCUCAACGGGCUGCAUCUGCCUGUCCACAGCAGUACUGCCUGUGAAAGCAAGACGCUUACAGAGUGAGCCAGCACCAGCAUCCAUCCCUGCAUCCACUCAUCCAUUCGUCUGUCCAUCUCUUCUCUUCACCAGAGAGACAUGAUGACUACUUAAAGGGCCGUGAUGUAUAUAAUGUUGUUGUUAUUGUUAAAACACGCCAAUUUACAAUCAACAUUAUUUCCCUGGUUUAGUGUUAGCGGUAGUUUUUUUUUGAUUGUUUUUUUUUUUUAUGGACACAUGUAUAUGUUCUCCCACUGAACAAGCUGAACAUAUUUACAGCUAUUUUAAUCCAGUUUGAUGAACAUGCAGUAUUUUUAGUAAUAAAAGCAUGUGGAAAAUAGCAGUAGUCGUUCAUUGAAUGUGGAUUAUGGCAGUAGAGUUUGAAGUCAGUUUUGAUGAGAAAUUCAAAUUAAAGAAGGACUUGCAUGAUUGUAAGAUGAUGUAAAGCAUUGUUUGCUAAGAA